UUCCACGUUAACGCGCUUUUGUUUAUCACAAAGAAAUCGCGUAUUGAUUGGUUACAUUCACGUGGCUCAUAAAAGUGGCUCUCGAAUAUUCGUUAUCUGUUAGAGGAGCAAAAUGGCGGCCUCAGUUUACAGCAGCACAAGCUCCCUGCUUAUCCACCUGCCUAUCUCCCAACAAACCCAUGGUGACGAUUUUGUUUCAAAAAGGUUAACUUUGAAACCUGCUAUAUCAAAUGCACAUAAUAAAUCGACACAAAAAAUCGCUUCAAACCCGAGAGCUGUUAAAGCCAAAAUGGAGGUUGAACUUGAAAGAGAAGGGCGAUUUUAUGUCGGUAUGGAUUUUGGCACAUCGGGCGCACGAAAGAAUGAAGAAAGAGUGGAUUGGAUAAAGUCUUGGAGAACGACACUUUUCGACCUCUUGGAAGAUAUCCCGGUUAGUUACCGCCUGGCAAUCGCGUCCGUUUCCAUUGAUGGCACAUCUGCAACAACAAUUAUUGUCGAUAGCAAAACUGGUGAAUCUUUGUGUGAGCCUUUCCUCUACAACCAGGCUUGUCCAGAGGCUUUGCCGAUUGUUAAGGAAAUCGCUCCCCAUAACCACACGGUUUGCUCCGGAUCUUCUACACUGUGUAAACUCGUUUCGUGGUGGAGUUCAUGUGAUGCCCCUAAUUUUUCGGCCGUAUUAUUGCAUCAAGCUGAUUGGCUGUUGUGGCUUCUUCAUGGAAAGCUCGGAAUCUCUGAUUACAAUAAUGCUUUGAAAGUUGGUUAUGAUCCAGAAAUCGAGUCUUAUCCUAAGUGGCUACUCUCUCAGCCGUACUCCAGAGUUUUACCUCUUGUGCAAGCUCCUGGGACAACCAUUGGCACUAUGAUGGAGAAUAUCCGAGCCCAUUAUGGCUUUCCAAAGGAUUGUGUUAUCUGCACAGGAACAACUGAUAGUAUAGCCGCCUUUCUUGCAGCACGUGCCAAUGAACCUGGAAAAGCUGUUACUUCUUUGGGUUCAACACUCGCGAUUAAGCUACUAAGCACGAGCAGAGUAGACGAUGCACGUUUUGGCGUUUACAGCCACAGACUUGACGAUAAAUGGCUUGUGGGAGGGGCUUCGAACACAGGAGGAGCUGUUCUCAGGCAGAUCUUUACUGAUGAUCAGCUCGUGAAACUAAGCCAGCAGAUAAACUCAGAAAAACCUUCUCCUUUGGAUUAUUAUCCCCUAGUGAAUACUGGGGAAAGAUUCCCUGUGGCGAAUCCGAAAAUGGAACCAAGGUUGCAACCUCGUCCAGAAAGCGACGUUGAGUACUUACAUGGUAUUCUAGAGUCCAUCGCUCGAAUUGAGGCAAAAGGAUACAACUUGUUAAAGGAACUGGGAGCCAAGCCACCAGUAGAUGAAAUCUUUACUGCUGGUGGUGGGUCGAAAAACGAGAAAUGGAUCGAAAUACGAGAGAGAGUCCUUGGCCUGCCCGUUCGCAAGGCUCUUCAAACCGAGGCUGCUUAUGGUGCUGCAUUGUUGGCCAUGAAAGGGGCUUCCUUAUAACAAUGUGUUAUUGUUGUUACCUGUGGUGACGACUAAUCGGCUUUUGAAAUAAAGAGCUGAAAGUCGAAAUGAACUGAUACACAUGUCUUUGAUACAUUUUGUUGCACUGGAUUUUAAUCCAUAAAAUGUGACUUGUUGAGAAAGUUAGCUCACCAGCAGCAAAUUGGAAUGGUAAAAGUGAGCUGCGAUUUGAUAUAUGUCUAUUUGGUACUUUGGCUUCUCAUGGCUGUUUUUUUUGUGAAACUUGUUCAUUCAUCUUUGAAUUUGAAGAAGGUAUUCAUAGAACUCCCUUGUUCUGGCGUUCUAUUAAAAAUGUAACUAAACC